AUGUCCCCCGAGGAGCUCGCCGCCCUGCUCUGUGGGGAAGGGGACGAGCGCCUCUCCCAGCAGGAAUUUCCAGCAGCCACGGCUUUUUACCUGGCCGCCUUCAGCUGCUGUGCCCCCACAGCAGUGCAGAGAGUGAACUCCAUGGCCCACGGGCUCUGGGAGCGAGUGGUGGCCACCUUGGAGGCCUGGUGCCAAGGCAAGGCUCAGAUCCCCAAAAUCCAGAGCAGGAACCUGGCCGUGGUGUCCCUCAGCGUGGGAAUAGCAGCACUUUUCCUCUCCACCCUGAUCCCCAACAAUGUGGUGGCCUCUGUGUACGAGCUGGAGGCCCUGCUGCGGCGAGGGUGCUCGGAGGAGGUGGUGAGCAAAUGCAAUCUCCUGCUGGAGGAUAACCCGAGGGGUUCCAUGGAGCUGCUGCUGCUGAGGGCGCUGGCACGGGUGCUCUCAGGGACACAGGUUGGGAAGGGAAUCGUGGAUUACAUCCAAGCCUUUUUGCUGCACCAAACUGAGGCAGUGGCCUACGUGUGCAGCAGGCAAAGGGAGCACCUGCCCCAGGUCGUCCAGGCUUUCUCUGAUCAUCUCUCCACGUGCCAGGAGGGAAGCCCAAGCUGCAGGUCCUCGGAGCAGUGGCUGGGUGACUGCUACAGCUUCCUGGCUGCGGUGGCACCGGGGCACACCUGGGUGUGCAGGGCACGGGCAGCCCACCUCCGAAAAACAGGAGAGUUUCAGGAGAGUGUGGCUGUCUGCAGCAAGGCCCUUGAGAGAUUCUCAGCUGAGAAUCUCAGAGGUGAGGACAUUCUGGCUCUGCUCCUGGAACGUGCUGCUGGGUAUUUCUUCCUGGGAGGAUGCACGCAGGAAAUGAUGCAGGAUUUAGCAGCGGCCUUUGCAGCAGACCCUGCCCGGGCAAUGAAACGCUUUGAAGAGCUUUUCUCACCCUGUGAUGCUGAGAAGGUCGAGGAGCAGGCCAGAGCUGCCCUGGAGGGGAGGUUUGCAGCAUACAGGGAGGCUGUGCGUGCUCGGGCUGAGCUCAGGGGCACCUGUGGCACUGAGCUGCUCCCUCCUGUCAUCCAGACAAUCCAGCUGCUCCUGCACAUCUGCCCAGGGUCCAGCCGGGAGCUCAGUGUCAGGCUGGCAGACUGUCACCUCCUGCAGGGACACUCCGGGGCCGCCCUGGACAUGUGUGAGCAGCUGCUGGCAGCAGAGCAGAGCACUUACCACAACACCCUGCUGGCACUGCGAGGCUUCUGCUCCCUCCACGCCCAGGACCAGCAGGGAGCCCUGCAGGAUUUCCAGAGGGUCAUCGAGCACGAGUCCCCACAUCCCAACAGCUGCAUCAAAGCCCUGUGUGGGCGUGGGCUGAUCCGAAUUUCUGGUGGCAGCAAUUACUUGACAGCCCUGGAUUAUAUCACAGCUUGCCAGUUAAAGCUGGAUGAAACCAUCUUCACCAUCAAGUCCUACGUGCCAUGGAACCAGAGGGGAUUGCUGCUGAAGGUCCUCCAGGAGGAAGGACAGAUGAUGCUCCAGAAAAAGAGGUACCCAGGAGGCAGCUCAGUUUCCUUUCAGAAAAAGCAAACAGGGCUAGAUGCCCCUGGGGUUUUCCAGCUGGCUUCUCUCUUGGUGGAGCUGGACAGCUCUGAUGAGGCAUCCCAGCUCCUGUGUGCUGAUGCGCUGUACCAGAUGGGCCGUGGGGAAGAAGCCCACAAGAUGCUGUCACUGGCCCUCUCCAGAAACCCCCAGAGGGCUCCUGUGCUGGCCAGGCUGGCCCUGCUGCAGCUCAAGAGAGGCUUUUUGUAUGAUGGCAACCAGCUGCUGAGGAGAUUGAUCAGAAUUGGAGACUCCUCCUGCCUCCUGCCAGUGCUGGACAUUUUCCAGGACGAGGACCGAAAGCUGCUGCAGAGCCACUGCCGCUGGCGAGCCCUGGCCAUCCUCAAGGGCAAACAGGAGGCUGCUGCCAUCAAAGAGGCCAUUGCCCACCUGUCCUUUGCCAUCCUUGCUGCAGGUGGUUAUGCUGAGGAUUGCCUCCUCACCAGGGCCCGAUGCUAUGGGCGCCUUGGGCAGAUGAAAACUGCAAUUUUUGAUUUUAAUGCUGUUCUGAAGGAGGAUCCCAGGAAUGUGCAAGCUCUGAGUGGCCGAGGCUUUGUUCACCUCGCUCUGAGGCAGCAGAAGGAGGCAGUGCAAGAUCUGAUCUCAGCACUGAAGGUGGAGGCAGGAGCAGUGAUCCCAGCAAUCCUGUCCUUGAAGCCUGAAGCCCAAAGGUUGGUCACUGGGUGGCUCCUCCAGCAUGGCAGGGCCACUCUCAGCGAGCUCGUGGCCACCAAAGAUGUCCCAGGAGAAGAAACCCUUGGGGACCUUCUCACGAUGGCAAAAGCACUGACCAAAAUCUGCAGGGCUGCACGACAUCACAUCUUCUACACUGAUGUUUUGAUGGCAAAUGGAAGGCACCAGGAGGCCCUCAAGCACCUGCAGGAAGCCUUUGGCCACUGUCCUGCUGAGGACUUUGCCAGGGCUCGCUUGGCUGUGCUGCAGCUGCAGAGCAGGAACGUGGCAGGGGCAGCUGCCCCGCUCAGCGUCCUGGCCAGGAGAGAUGAGAAGGACUUGGCCUUUCUCCUGAACUUUGUAGACACCAAGAAACAGCAGCAUCUUGCUCAGGCAGCAGCCCAGGAAGGGAAGGUGCUGAUGAAAAGCCAUGACCACCAGCAGGCUCUGGGCUACCACAGCCUGGCUGUGCUGGCCAGCAGGGCCAGCCCCAGGUACCUGAGGCGCAGAGCUGCCUGCCUGAUGCACCUGAAAAAAUACGAAAAAGCUCUGAAAGACAUGGAAAAAGUGAUCCAGGGGCAUGGGUGUAACAGCCCAAAAACACAGGCUGGGGACCACUGCUGCCAGGGCUUCCUGCUGCUGGCCCUGGCUCGGGAGGAGGCAGCAGUGCAGCACUACAUGCAAGCCCUGCAGCUGGAUGAGCCCCUGGCCCUGGGCACCAUCACUGAGUGCCCUGGCAGGGAAUGUUUAACCAAAAUAUUUCAUAAAAUUGCACAAUAUAACUUUGAAAAGCAGCGUUAUGAAGAGGCCUGGAAAAUCACAGACUAUGGGCUUAAAAUUGAUAAAAGUUCUGAGCUCCAGAAGCUGAAAGCAAGACUCAAAAGAGAGGCAUCGAGCUGUAGCAUACAUUGAUUUCUCUGUUUGGGGAUUUUCCAGUCUGAUUGCUUUCUGGGAGGCUGCAAGAAUGAAGGAAAGAUGAAAAAGAUAAGAAAGAUGAGAGGCUGAUGAUAAAUAUGCAGCAGACGUGACACUGAACAAGGAGUAGAAAGUUUAAGGCAGCAAAAUAAAACUGACCAAGAGAGCAAUGAAGAAAAAAAGCAAAUUGCAGCAUUCAGGAUUCCUUAAAAUCAUUGUGGAUUAUGUAAACUCCCCGUUGUGAAAAAAGCCCUUUUUUCUGGCUAAACAACAAAUUCUAACACAGGGGUUCCAGUCCUACUGAAGGAAAACAUUCAAAACACUUGCAGCUCAUGAAUAAUAAUAAUGUAUUUCCUAGCUGGCAUUUGAUGAGCUUUAACACAUACUGUUCAAGCAAUUCACCUUAUUUUUAAGGGCCAGUUAAAAGGAUCAGUCAAAAGUAACUCCUGUAAGGUGUUUGUGAAGGCUCUGUCUGUUGGUUACUACUGGAAGGAAAACAUGAUCCAAAUUUUUUUUUA